AUGUUAGCUUCUUAUUAUGGAGCUGCGGCGUAUAGAGAGCUUGACAUUCUUGGGAACCUUGAGAACCUCGAUGUGCCUGAGGAUGAUAUUGACGAUGAUGUGACCUUCUUUGAUUUCUCUUUGUUUACAAGCCAAUUUUCUGGUAAGAAUCUGGUGAAUGUGGAUAGCUUUGGUGCGGCUGGAGAUGGAGUUUCUGAUGACACACAUGCCUUUGUAAGCGCUUGGAAGAUAGCUUGCUCUGCACCAAAUUCUGUGUUGUUGGUUCCACAUGGACGACAAUAUUUAGUAAAUGCAACGAAAUUCAAAGGUCCAUGUCAAGAAAAUUUGAUUAUUCAGAUUGAUGGAACAAUCGUGGCACCAGAUGAUCCCAGCCAAUGGGAUCCGCAUUUUCAAAGGGUUUGGCUCGAAUUUAUUAAGCUCCAAGGUGUUCUAUUCCAAGGAAAUGGUGUUAUAGAUGGUUCUGGUGCCAAAUGGUGGGCUGCUUCUUGCAAGAAGAACAAAACUAACCCUUGUGUAGGCGCACCAACGGCACUAACUAUAGAUUCAAGUUCAGCUGUUUAUGUGAGAGGACUAACAAUAAGGAACAGCCAACAGAUGCAUUUGAUCAUAUCACGGUCAAACACAGUUCGAAUCUCUAGAGUUAUGGUCACAUCUCCAGGAGAUAGUCCAAACACUGAUGGAAUCCAUAUUACUUCAUCGACUAAUGUUAUAAUCCAAGACUGUAAAAUCAGCACAGGAGAUGAUUGUGUCUCAAUUGUGAGUUCAAGCUCGCGGAUAAAGAUGAAGAAGAUCUAUUGUGGACCAGGACAUGGAAUUAGCAUUGGAAGUCUUGGAAAAGGAAACUCGACAGGAAUCGUUUCAGCAAUUGUGUUGGACACUGCGUUUCUAAAGAACACAACUAAUGGUCUAAGAAUCAAGACAUGGCAGGGUGGUAAUGGUUACGUAAAGGGUGUACGUUUUGAAAACGUAGUGAUGCAGGACGUUAAAAAUCCGAUUUUAAUCGAUCAAUUCUACUGUGAUUCACCAUCAACUUGUCAAAACCAGACAUCGGCGGUUCACAUAACCGAGAUAAUGUACAGGAACAUAACCGGAACCACAAUAAGUCCCAAAGCCAUCAAAUUCGCUUGCAGUGACGCAGUCCCUUGCAGCCACAUUGUCCUCAACAAUGUCAACUUGGAAGGCAAAGACGGCAAAGUCGAAGCAUACUGUAAUUCAGCCGAAGGGUUUGGUUAUGGAGUUGUUAAUCCCUCCGCCGAUUGUCUAGACUCGCAUGAAGACAAGAGCGACUGCAACCAAACUCACCAUUCGGCAGAAACCGUUAUGCUCGGAGAGAAAGAAGCUGAAAAUGCUCACGACGAGCUUUAA